ACGUUUGAAGAUUACCAUGCCUAGGCUUGAAGAGGCAAAGCAUCUUCUAAGCACUCUUCACUUCUUCUCUGAGAUUCUCCUUUGAUCUCAAUACCAAACACCACUAAAAAAAAAGCAUGGCCGGACCUUCUCUUGACACCAUCACUAAUCGUCACCACGCUAAGCCACCCUCCCCCUCUUCCUCCGCCACCACAACAAUCAAGUUCCUCUGUAGCUACGGCGGCAAGAUCAUUCCCCGUUAUCCUGACGGAAAGCUCCGUUAUCAAGGUGGUGACACACGCGUUCUGGCCGUUGACCGGUCCAUUGCCUUCUCUGAGCUGUUAAUGAAGCUUGGAGAGUUAUGUGGAACCAAAGUGAGUGUUGUACGUUGUCAAUUGCCAAAAGAAGAUCUAGAUGCUCUAGUAUCAAUCACCUGUGAUGAAGAUCUAGCUAAUUUAAUCGAGGAAUACAAUCGAGCUGCCAAUCAAAAGAUCAGAGCCUUCCUUUCCAUCUCUAAAAAAAUAUCCUCUUCUCUUUCUUCUUCUUCAUCAUCAUCAUCAUCUUCCUCAUCAUCGUCAUCAUCAGCUUCUAAUAGCUAUGCAGCUACUUCGUCAUCAACACCGAGAUGUUACCAUCAGAUGUCGAAGCCCGUACCUUAUCCUGUGAAGCAGAAGAUUAUUCAUCACCAUCCUAAUCCUCAUUACGGUUAUUAUGGAAACCCUAGCCAUGCCUACAUGGUUCACAACGGGAAUCAUUGGCAAUAACUGCUGGCCUGCCCACUGAACUGAACUGAGACUGGAUCAUUCAUGAUAUAUAUCGAAGAACUCUGGACAUAAAUAGUAAAAAGAAAAAAAAAAAAUAUAUAUAUAUAUAUAUUAUAUGAAGUUUGUAAUUUGGGGACUGUAAAUCGUUAAGAUGGAUUUACGUUUUUUCUUUGGUCCGUGGAAAAUUAAUGAAUUUUCAGUCCAGUUUCCGAGUAUGGAUUCCAAGAAAAAAAAAACGAGUUGUUGUGAUGGUUAACUUCUUAGGGAGAUUAAGUGCUGUGGAUAAACAUGGAAGAUGAUUGAAGACAUGGACAAUUCUUGAUGUAGGUCUGCUUGUCGUUUUUCAACAUUUCUUUUCUCUGGAAAUGCUUCAUGAGAUACCAUCACUCCUUGAUAGGGAAGAUGGCACGCACCUAAGCAAAGCAAUGGCGGUGUCUUUCAUGAGGAGUAGAUAAUUCUGGAACUGAUAGCUACCAAAUUGGAAACUUUUGCUGGGACCAUCGAGUAUUAAUAAAGCCAUCUUCUUGUCUAA